AUGAGAAUCUCAAGAGCUCUUGGACUCGCUGUCCUUGCCACUAUGGCUGCAAGUGUCACCAUUCCCGAGAUUAUCGACGUUUUCAAGUCGGACAAGUUGGCCAAGUUGAAAGACGCCGGCCACGAAGCCGCUCACCACUUGGGUUUGCAAUUGGCUGACAAAAUGGCCCCCAUUGUCAAUGUAGAGUGCACUAGAAACAUCAUCCCCCACCGAUUUAUCAUUGUGUUUAAAGAAUCCGCCGAUGUUCGCGAAAUCAACUUUCACAAGGAAUGGGUUGCCGCGACCCAGAGCGAAAACAUGUUGCUCGAGACCGAUGAGGCUCUUAAGCAAGAGUUUCUCAAGCUGGCCGGUGGUGGCGGCAUUGGCGGCAUUGUUGACGCGUUUGACAUUGGCUCAUUGAGGGGCUACUAUGGCUUUUUCCUCGAGUCGACUAUUGAUUUGAUUAGGAAAAACCCCUUGGUUGAGUUUGUCGAAAAGGAUUCCAUGGUUUACGCUAAUGAGUUUGACAUUCAAAAAGGAUCUCCUUGGGGGUUGGCAAGAGUUAGCCACCGCCAGCCUCUCUCGUUGGGCAGCUUUGACCAAUAUCUUUACGACACGGACGGAGGCGAAGGUGUCACUGCUUAUGUCAUUGAUACUGGUGUCAAUGUCAAGCACGUUGAGUUUCAAGGCAGAGCCGUGUGGGGUAAAACCGUCCCUUAUGGCGACGCUGACGAAGACGGCAAUGGCCAUGGUACUCAUUGCGCCGGUACUAUUGGCUCGCAGGAUUACGGUGUGGCUAAAAAGGCGGAGAUUGUCGCUGUGAAGGUGUUGAGAUCCAACGGUUCAGGCACCAUGUCUGAUGUUGUUAAAGGAGUUGAGUUUGCCGCUAACUCCCACCAGCAAGCGGUCAAGAAGGGCGCCAAGGGCUUUAAGGGCUCCACCGCCAACAUGUCCUUGGGCGGUGGCAAGUCUCCCGCGUUGGACUUGGCUGUCAAUGCCGCUGUUAAAGCUGGCUUGCAUUUUGCCGUGGCCGCGGGUAACGAAAACCAAGAUGCUUGCAACACCUCGCCUGCAAGCGCCGAGAAUGCCAUUACCGUGGGUGCCUCGACCAUCUCCGAUGCCAGAGCCUAUUUCUCCAACUAUGGUAAAUGUGUCGAUAUCUUUGCCCCAGGGUUGAAUAUCCUUUCCACCUAUAUUGGCUCGGACACGGCCACUGCUUACUUGUCAGGUACCUCGAUGGCAUCUCCACACGUUUGCGGUUUGUUGUCGUACUAUCUUUCCUUGCAGCCAGGCGCCGAGUCGGAAUACUUUGUUGCUGCCGACGGGGUUACCCCAGCACAAUUGAAGAAGAAUUUGAUUGCAUUUGGUACCGAUGACAUUUUGACUGAUAUCCCAACAGACACACCAAACAUCUUGGCAUUCAACGGUGCUGGCCACAACUUGACUGAAUUUUGGCAUGAGUAA